AUGUGGACUGGUUUCCGUCAAGUUUUUCAGGGCGGUGAUCGGACGCACUUUGUCAACACGGGCGACGUCAAAGCCGGCGAAGCAAAGCUGUACUGGACUGUACGUCUGAAUACGUGCAUGGGAGUGGUGAUGACCAUGGAGCCUCGGGGAUCCGACAAGAUGUGGCAUAUCAUGGCAAAUAUCGACCCACAACAGGACUGGGAGGCCCAGCUCGGCGCCGUCGAAAUGGCGUUUGGCGCAGCGAAAAGAGCCACCCUCAACCCCAAGAAC